UGGACGUGCAGUCUUAGUCCGUUUUCGUCCGAGGUACUUAGAAAAAAAAAUCUCGAAUUCAAAUCAGCUAUGAUAUUUGCAUUUGUUACGUUAGUGCUAGUUACGGCGGCCAACGCCCAGUUCAAAUGCCCCCCUAAAGACGGCCAGUACGAGGAUUCCAGACAAUGCGACAAAUUCUACCAAUGUGACGACGGGAUCGCCGUGGAAAAACUCUGCCCAGAUGGGCUGGUUUUCGACCCAUUGAUCCGCAAAAUUAACAAGUGCGAUCAACCGUUCAACGUGGACUGCGGAGACAGGACGGAUCUGCAACCUCCAAAACCCAACAACUACUGCCCACGAAGAAACGGAUUCUUCGCCCACCCGGACCCAGCGGUCUGCAACAAGUUCUACAACUGCAUUGAAGGUGAACAUACGGAAAUCACGUGCACUGCGGGGCUCCAUUUCGACGAAUUCACCGGAACUUGCGUCUGGCCGGAUGCGGCAGGAAGGCAAGGAUGCAACAAGGAUGUCACAAACAAACUCAAGGACGGUUUUGAGUGUCCCAAAGAGGGCCAGACUGACGCCAAUGGUCAGCUCGUCGUGCACCCAAAAUACGCCCAUCCCACCGACUGCCAGAGGUUCUACGUGUGUCUGAAUGGGCAGGAGCCCAGAGAUCUGGGUUGUCAAGUUGGAGAGGUCUACAAUGAGGAGAGCCAGCGGUGCGAUGCCCCCGAAAAUGUACCUGGAUGCGAGGACUGGUACAAGGAUGAACCCACAGCCGCCAAGCCAAGCAAAAAGGUCAAGCGAAGUGCCUAAGAAUGGUUCUUUUUUUACUGUAUCUAGUGUGUAAAUUAUUUUGUAUUGGUAUGUUUGUUUUGGAGUUUUUGUUGUGUGGUCACUAUGUAUAUCGACAAAUUGGAAUUUGAUGUAUACGUGGUGGCAAAUAAAGACAAAAAUGGUGUGAUUUUUAUUCACAUAUUA